AUGGCCUCGGCGCUCGAGUCCGUACCACAGGCGCAGCUACCCACCAGCUACAACGCACUGGUAAAGCUGGCGCUCGGACCGAGGCAGAAGCGCGUAUUUGCACUCGCAUUCGCCGCCUGCCAUGCAUACCUCGCCCUCAGCCUCCUCAGCCCAAGGGCUGUCUGGCACCCGCUCUCCCUCGCCAGCUCAGUAGCUGCAUUCGCACUCGCCAUCAUCCCCCUCCUCGUCGCACGAAAGCGCAUCCUCUCCAAAACUGCAGCGCUUCCAGCCGUCCUGGCCCAAUCUCGGGCUUCGCACCUCUCCGACCUGCUCCGUGACCCCUCGACCUGGUCCCAGGCUGGCCUCCACGCGCUCGCAUUCGCCGCCAUCGCCGUCGUGCAGUGCCUUCUCAUCACGGCCCUCUACGGCGCCGACUCCGACUGGGCUCCUUACACCUGGAUCCCCUCGCACCACGCCUACUACGUAAACGAGCGCUUCCUCUUCCUCGUCGCAUCCAGCGCACUCCUCGGCGCAUUCUACGGCGCACUCUAUCGCGCCUGGCCAGCCAGCACAGCCAGGCCCAUCCUGCCCUUCGAGGUCGGCACCCGCUCCGACGGCCUCGGCCCUUCCCUCCGUGUUCGUUUCGCACGUGCCUGCGCACACCGGCUCCCUACGGCCGCGGCAGCCGGGGCUUGCGGCGAAGCCGCGGUCUUCAUCGGCUAUCUCUUGGCCAGAAAGUCGUUCUGGAGGCUCGUCCUUGCCCUCGUCGGCCACCGCGGAAUCACCCGCCGCGCACUCGUGCCGUCCUUCCGCACCGCCUUCCCGCAGGCCGAUGUGGUGGUCCGAGCGACGGCACUCGGCGCGGCGUCGUUCGUCGCCGUCGAGACGGCCUACACCCUGCUCGACGUCUAUCUCUCGCAGCCCCUCUCGCCCCUCAGCAAGUAUACCAAGGACGCCAACCGCACCCUCGCCGACGGUCUCUCCGACCCCGUCGUCUUUUUCUCGCACCACGCCUUUGCCGAGCUCGCCCACAUCGCGGCGUCGGAUAGCGGCAGGAGGGUGGCCAUCUUCAAGGACGUCCACGCCGAGAGAUCCGCAUGGAAAGCUCUGAGCUCGGCAUGCCUCAAGCUGCUAGAGGCCGAGCGCCAGCACAUCGCCACCCGCGGCAUCCCGCCGAAGCCGACGCAGCCCUCGACGUCGACGCCGCCGACAGCUUCGGCACAGAGCGUCGCCAAACCGCAACCCGCUUCGAGCCAGAGUGUCUGGGAUGCCCUUGCCCGCGGACAGCUGCCCGGCGAGCAGGGCAAGACCGCAUCUGCAGUGGCCCAACCCGCGCAGCCCGCAGCCGCAGCGCCGGCGCCAGGCGCUCCGGCGCCCGCAUCAGCCACGCCUGCGCAAUCUGUCUUCUCGAUCGCAUCUUCGUUCGGGAGAACGGCGUGGUCGAUGCUGCCGCAAGAUGCACGCCACGCCAUGUGUCCGCCGCGGUGGCGCUUCUACCUCUUUGAGCCCUCGAUGCGAGCCAAGGUGCUGAGCAUUGCGGGCCGGGACAGCGCACGCCUGGCGUGGUCCAUCACGGCGGUCAAGGAUCUGCUGCAGCACAGCCUGACUGAGGAUCCCUUCGGCAGCGUGCAAAAGGACAUCCGCACGGUGCUGCGUGCGCUCGUAGGCCUGUGCAUCGAGAUGCGGGCGCUGCGCAUCGAGCUCGAGGCACAGGCCGCCACGCUCGACGACAAGCUGGCGAGGGAGGAGGCUGCUGCACGGGCCACGCCGACGCCGACGCCGACGCCGACGCCGAGGGGCCAGGGAGCCUCCACCACCUCUGUACCGACGUCGACGACGACGACGACGACGGAGGAGCAGACGACCAAGGAGGGAGGUGUUUCGCACGCGGGCGCGGCGCGGCAGGCGCAGGACGAGUUCGGCGAGGCGUGGGGGCGGUGUGGCGCCGCCAUGAACGAGGCGCUGCUUCGCACGGCCAUCAAGGGCAUCCUCGACACGUUUGGUCGGUUCAAUCUCGGUCUCGAGCCCGAGUUUGAGGCGCGGCUGUCGACGUGCCUCGACGGGAGCGGCGACCAGUCCCUCGCGCGCUGGACCUGA